CACCUGCAUGGAAUUGACCCCUCAUGCCAUCUUCUAUAAAUAGCACGCAAACACUUUCUACGUAUCAUCUCAAGAGAGAAAAAGAAUCAAGCACGCGUAGCGCAUCCACACAUUCGAGAAAGAAACAGCAAGAUCUCAUCAAACAAUUGAAGCUGUAGCAAUGGAGGCAGUGUCCAAGAAGGCUCUGGUAACUACGGCUAUUCUGGCGUUGGCCGUUCUGGCCCCGCCUGUCGCCGGGCUGGUGCCGUACGGCGUCAGCAGCGGGCUGUGGGACCUGCUCGACGACCCGUUCCGGGUGCUGGAGCAGACACCGCUGGCGGUGCAGAGGCCGGCAUCCGCAGGCGGCCCGGGAGCGUCCAUCUCGUCGGCGGUGGCGCUGGCGAGGUGCGACUGGAAGGAGACACCCGACGCGCACGUCAUCUCGCUCGACGUGCCCGGGGUGAGGCGGGAUGACGUGAAGGUGGAGGUGGAGGAGAACCGGGUGCUGCGGGUCUCCGGCGAGCGCAAGGCGGACGAGGAGAAGGAGGGCGAGCGGUGGCACCGCGCCGAGCGCGCCGCGGGGAGGUUCUGGCGCCGGUUCCGCAUGCCCGCCGGCGCCGACGUUGACCACGUUACCGCGCGCCUCGAGGACGGCGUGCUCAUCGUCACAGUGCCCAAGAUUGCCGAGCACCAAAGGCGAGAGCCGCGCGUCAUCAACAUCGCCGGGGAGGACGCCAACAGCGGCGGCAAGGGCGCGGACGCGGAGGUCAGGCCGUCGAAGGCCGAGAUGUGAGCUUUCGUGUAGGAGACCACGACGAGAGCGAUGCGUCACGUUUGGAUGUGUUUUGUCGGUUCAUGCUUACCUUUGCGUGUGUGGUACUGGUACUGAAGUGUGAUGUUGUUGUUGUCAGGUAACCUAAGUUACCGAUAGAGCUGUCGUGUCUUGUUCAGUUGGAUCUUUUGCAACCUGAUCAGUCACAUUUGCAAAACCCUACAUUUUUACU